GCCAACAACACGCUGACGAAGACCUUGCGCCCGUCUUCCUGGAUGCAGCAAUCUCCGCUCACGGUGCAAAUCGUUCUCGCCGUGGUGGCUGCGCUGCUCUCGGAGGCCAUGAACAACGAAUCACUCAGUCGCAUGCUGCUACCACUCACCAUUCAUGCGGCUGUGAGUACGCGCAUGCAUCCCAUCUACUACGCGAUACCUGUGGUCGUGGCAGCGUCGUCCAACCUGAUCAUGCCCAUCACGCUUCCCCUGGUGAUUCUUCACGAGGUCGCCGAAGUGCCCUUGCGACACCUGGUGCUCGCAGGCUUGGUCAUGAAGACGGCUCUGCUAUCCACGCUGAUCAUCUCAAUGAACACGACCGCCCAGUAUAUCUUCUACAUAUCGCCAGCGGUCAGGGCACUCAACAGCACCAGCCUAGCCUCGCGCAAUCAGGCGCCUCAUUACUGA